AUGCUUCCAUUGAAAACACCAGCUCCAUCAACCGCCCCCAACGAAGUCCACGAAGACGAGCAAAGAAACAAGCGGGAAUCGUCAUUUUUCGAUGUAAAAAUUUUCUACAGGCGCGAUCUUCUAAAACAGCCUUUUCUUCCAGAGCUUCGGGCGGUCAUAAACGCCAGCUACCGUGACCACGAAAUCAACCCAGUAGGAAAAAUCGGCUACCGGCUCCAGACCGAUACCCAAAUCGCCGACGAACUUGAUAGCAGUGGAUUUACUGCCGUUGCAACCGUUUCAAAUGAAAUUGUUGGCACAGCAAGCGUCAAAACUUGGGUGUCCAAUGCUGAAGGCGUUGCCUGGAAGCCACGCGGCUACUAUGAAGGGAAGAGUGCCAACGAGGUUCUUUCCAUGCAAUCGACUUGCCUGAACACCCACAACUCUGACGCGGACAGUGAUAGCUGCGAUGGGGAUUUCGAAAUUUUAUUGGUUGCUGUCAAACCUGGCCCGAGGGACUUGUGA